AUGUCUUUGCCUUUGAAAACCUACGGCACCAAGACACUCAGUGUGUACGGGGGCGCCGGGGGCCAAGGAACCCGCAUUUCAUCUUCCAGGCCUGCGUUAUUUUGUGGAUCUUCUUGGCAAUUCAACCGUGCAGAUGGCCUCACUUUGGACAUUUCAGACAACCAAAAAGCCAUCAUGCAGAAUCUAAAUGAUCGUCUGGCAUCCUUUAUCCAGAAGGUGCAGUCUCUGAACGGUAAAAAGGCUGAACUGGAGAGGAACAUUAACGAGUGGUGUGCGAGCCACACUGUGGUGUCCAACGAGUACUCGGGAUUCUUGGCCACCAUUGAAAGCUUACAAGAUCAGAUUCAGCAAAUCUCUAAGUCCAAUGGUGAGGCUGGACUAAAUAUUCAAAAUGCCUUUCUGGUUGCUGAUGAUUUCAGAAUCAAGUACGAGUUAGAGCUAGCCAUUCGUACAUCACUGGAGGCAGAAACUGCCCAAAACAGGACGCUCAUGGAUGAGCUUAUCCUAUCCCGUUCAACUCUGGAGAUGGAGUAUGAAAGCCUGAGGGAGGAACGCAUCGUUCUUGAGAAGAACCAUGAGGAGGAGAAAGCUCAGGUUCUUGCACAGGCUGUAGUCCAGGUAGAUGUUUCUGUGGAUGCAGCACCCUCUACAGACCUGAUCGAGACUUUGACAAAGAUGCGUGAAGACUAUGAGGCCGUGACUGCCAAGAAUCGUAGAGACCAGGAGGUCUGGUACCAAAGCAAGAUUUCUACGGUGCAAAAGAAAUCCAUCGAGCAGACUGAGGAUUUGGAGCACAACACUGCAGAACUCAGUCAGUUGAAGAGCGACUUCCAUAGGAUGCAGAUUGAACUGCAGACUCAACACAGUACUAGGAUGUCCCUUGAAGGCAGUCUACAAGACUCUGUGACCCGCUACGCAGCGCAGCUAGCAGAGCUCCAAAAAAUCAUCACUGACCUGGAGCACAAGCUCAAGCAGAUUCAUGCUAACAUAACCAACAAAAAAGAAGACUAUGACACCUUGAUGGAGGAGAUCAAAACGUAUAGGUUACUGCUGGAAGGAAACAGCAGUGACCCCCAAGUCGCUCGCAAGAAGAUCGCAGUGAUAAAGGUAGUGGAAAGCAGCCAGACAGUGAAGAUACAGUAAUGACUGAUGUGCGAACACACCUUAAUAAAGCCAAUGUUUUCAACCUAACCCAAUAAGGUCUGUCUGCAGAGUAUGGAAGGAAUGCAUAUAUGAAAAUGAGAGUGGCUCUUGAUGAUCGUACAGAUUUUGUUAGUCAGCUAGUUAACAUGAUACGACAAGAAGACUUCUGAUAGGAUUUAUUCCUCGAUGUGCUAUCCAUAAACGUCAUAAUCAUCACUGCUUAUCCUAUACAUGUAACAAACAUGAGCUAAGCUGACAGGAAUUCUGAGAGGACUUUUACGACAUAUUUGUAUUUUACAACUCAACUUACAGUGAAGAUAUUUAUAUGUAUGACCAUUACUGAAAUAUCUAGAAAUCAUGUCAGCUUAGCUUGUGUUAACUAGCUGACUAGAAUCAGCACCGAUGAUUAUCACAACCCCAAUUCCAAAAACAAGUUGGGACGCGGUGUAAAAUGUAAAUAAAUGUAAAUGAAAACAGAAUGCAACGAUUUGGAAAUCUCAUAAACUCAUAUGUGAUUCAGAACAGAACAUAGAAAACAUAGCAAAUGUUUAAACUGAGGAAAUGUACCGUCUUAAGAAAGAAAUCAGGUCAUUUUGAAUUUGAUGACGCCUCAAAAAAGUUGGGACGGGCGCAAUAAAAGGCUGGAAAAGUAAGUGUUACUAAAGUAAGUGUUACAUUUGUUUACAUUUUACACAACGUCCCAACUUUUUAGGAAUUGGGGUUGUAAUAAUCAUCGGUGCUAAUUCUAGUCAGCUAGUUAACACAAGCUAAGCUGACAUGAUUUCUAGAUAUUUCAGUAAUGGUCAUACAUAUAAAUAUCUUCACUGCCGGUGCUAGCUAGACGGGAUAUAUUUGAGUCUAUAAAGAGCUGAAAGAAAUGCCCAUCAGUACUACUUAAAAACAGACAGUUUGCAGACAGACCCAUCUUAAUCCAGACUUAAUCCACUAAUCAGACUUACUGCUCUUUAGCUAACAUCACACAAAUGGCAAAUGGCCUCUGCAGUUAUACAGUGUAAGAAAAAGGAAUACAGAGUGCAGUCUGUAAGUGUUUAUGAAGUGACAACAAAGUUGGUAUUUUGCCCCGGUGUUCCAAAUAAAUUGUUUUUAUGCCUAAAUUGGGUGAACUACGUAUACAUAAUAUGAUCUGUUUACACUUAUUUGCUCCUCAGGCUAACCAAAGAAAGAUGUAAAUGUACAACUGCGUAUGUUCAACUUUCCUUCAUAUUUUCUGUACCAACAUUGUGAUACACUUAA